GAACUAAAUAUUGUGUCAGUGUUUCCACACGGCAAAACGUCCAUGAAACAUCCACAUUUCCGGUAUUACAUACGGACUGCCUUUACAUACAAUUUACCUACGUUGGACUCUCAUGUGAGUUGUUUAAUAUUGUAUUUCAGAGUUUCUUUCUUUAAUUCGUCAACCAGCGACGUGCAGAAAUAACAGAGACCUGUGCCAUCCACCAUGACUGAUCGCUACAAUAUCCACAGCCAGCUUGAGCACCUGCAGUCCAAAUACAUUGGCACAGGCCACGCCGACACCACCAAGUGGGAAUGGCUGGUGAACCAGCAUCGGGACUCCUACUGUUCUUACAUGGGACACUUCGACCUACUUAACUACUUCUCCAUUGCCGAGAACGAGAGCAAGGCCCGCGUGCGCUUCAACCUGAUGGAGAAGAUGCUGCAGCCCUGCGGGCCUCCUGCUGACAAACCCGAUGACUCUUAGCCAGAGAAGAGAGAAGGGGGCCAGCGCUGCUGGCAUGCCUGCUGGGUGGCGUUAGGAUGGCUGGGGGGAGGGCUGUCCAGAUGAAGUCCAUUCUGCGGCAGUGGCUCUUCAAAGUUGGAUGAAGUGUGACAUUCAUGGACUGAUGUUUGUACAUAGGAUCACUGUUGUUACUUUUUUGUGUGAUUUCCCCCCCCCCCAACCCCUUUUUUCAAGGUGCUGUAGAGCUGAUAAUGUUCAUCAUGAUGCAUUUUUCUAUAAUAAAAUGUUAAGUUCAAUGUU